UCAAUGCCUUAACUCGAGGGCUCAUUUUUUUAACCUUUAAAUAAAGGGGCCGAAGAAGAUUCGAACACCGGAGGAGGAGCAAGUGGAGCUCGAGGGAGCGGGAGGAGGAGGAAGGCGCGAUACGCUUCCGUCUGGUUAGCUCACGGAGACGCCGUCGGUCGGCAUGGCGAUGUAGGCCGACCGAGCUUUGCGGCGAGACCUCCGCCACCGAUUCUGUUAGCCUAAUGUCCAAUGCUAUGACCUUUCCGACCUAGUGCCUGUUGUUCUAUCUAGUCCUCUAUUGUUAUCCAGUGCUAAAUGUAAAGGUUUCUUGGUCGGCUGCAACCUUCCCUCUUAAUGAACGAACCUGAGUCAUAUCUUCUCUCUACUACCCCGUCAAUCUUUGUGUGUGGCGUGUGCCCAAGGGAGAAGAGGAGAAAGAAAGAAAUUUUCCUUGUCACAUCCUCUGUGUUUAACAACAGCAGAUCCUCUCGAUUCCAUCUCCCCUAACUUGGAGAGUCCCAGUGAGACCCAGAUGGCUGUUUCCAUUUUCAAUCGUUCCAUCAGCAGUGAUUACAAUGGUAGCAAUCAAAGCGAAGGAAAGCCAGGUGGGCGGAGACGGGUGUUUGUCCAAACAGAAACUGGCUGUGUGUUGGGGAUUGAACUAGAUCGUGGGGAUAAUGUCCACACUGUAAAAAGAAGAUUACAAAUUGCUCUCAAUGUUCCUACUGAAGAGAGCUCUCUUACGGUUGGUGAUCUUGUGCUGAAAAAUGACCUUAGUGCUGUCCGGAAUGAUUCUCCUUUACUUCUUACAAGGAAUGCACUGCACAGAAGCUCUUCCACUCCAUGUCUCUCCCCAACUGGAAAGGACAUCCAACAAAGAGAUCGAAGUGGUCCAAUUGAAAUUUUAGUGUGCUCAAGCCGCUGUUGUCAAACAAAGGAGCUGGUUAAGGAUGUCGUGAAGGCCAUUAAAAUUGGCAUUGAUCCAAUUCCUGUUCAUAGCGGCCUUGGUGGUGCUUAUUAUUUUAGGAAUAUUAAAGGUGAGAGCGUUGCUAUUGUAAAGCCUACUGAUGAAGAACCAUUUGCACCAAAUAACCCUAAAGGCUUUACUGGCAAGGCACUUGGACAACCGGGAUUGAAGAGAUCAGUGCGGGUUGGUGAGACUGGAUUCAGAGAAGUUGCUGCAUAUCUUCUUGAUUACGAUCAUUUUGCCAAUGUUCCUCCGACUGUCCUUGUCAAAAUUACUCAUUCAGUUUUCAAUGUGAAUGAAGCUAUGAACUACGGCACCAGUGGUAAAGGUACUAUUGAUAGGAAGCGUAGUGUUGUAAGCAAGAUAGCAUCUUUUCAGCAGUUCAUUCCGCAUGACUUUGAUGCAAGUGACCAUGGAACCUCCAGCUUCUCAGUUGCAGCUGUACACAGGAUAGGUAUACUUGAUAUUAGAAUUUUCAAUACUGACAGGCAUGCUGGAAAUCUUUUGGUGAAGAAAUGUCAUGCAACUACAGGAGGAUUUGGGGCUCAGACACAACUCAUUCCGAUUGAUCAUGGUCUAUGUUUGCCAGAAAGUUUGGAGGAUCCUUAUUUUGAGUGGAUCCACUGGCCACAGGCAUCAAUCCCUUUCUCUGAGGAUGAGCUCAAGUAUAUUGCUAAUCUUGAUCCCGUGAAAGAUUCUGAGAUGCUUCGGAUGGAGUUACCUAUGAUCCGCGAAGCCUGUCUUAGAGUUUUGAUUUUGUCGACUAUUUUUCUUAAGGAAGCAGCUGUUUGGGGACUUUGCCUAGCAGAUAUUGGUGAGAUGAUGAGCAGGGAGUUCAAGGGAAUGGAAGAAGAGCCAAGUGAACUGGAAGUUGUGUGUAUUAAGGUGAGACGGUUGAUAGCAGAAAGAUCUGUUUUUUCUCCAGUUAUUAACCCACAUGAUGAUGAUGCAAUUCAAUUCGAUAUAGAAUGUGAGGAAGAUGAUGCACUGACUGUGAAAUCACCAUCAUCUUAUUAUUUUGGAUCAAAAGGAAAAAUAUCUAAAAAUCCACUUUCACGUUUAGACGAGAGCUUUGAGGAGGAGCUGGAAGAUGAGGUGAAUGGAGAGAGCGAAGUGGAGGAACAUUGUUUCUACCCCCCUAGUUGUGAAUGGUCUCAACAUGUUCCAAGUCUGACUGCUUCUCUGAAGGGCAUAAGCCUCACCAGAAAGAACCAACAUUGUCCAAGAGCUAGCUGUGCGGCUACUAGAUUUCAUAAUGGUGGAGGUGCCAGCAAGUUUCAGGUCGGUAAUAGUAGGAGUGCAAAUGAACCAAUGCCCACGAGUGUCAGUUUUGUGAAACUUGCUGACAUGGGGGAGGAUGAGUGGUCUGCAUUUCUUGAGAAAUUCCAGGAGUUGCUUCAAGAUGCAUUCCAUAGCCGGAAAAGUGGUUCUACUGGCCUGAGACAAAAGCAGAGGUUGGGCACUUCUUGCCAGUUUUGAGUAGAAGACAGGUUUUCAGAGUCAAGAGGUUGUUUGAGGUCCAGUUGUUCGUUAGCCCUUUUCUUUGUAGGUGUAGAAUAUAGCGAAGGGGUUUUUCUCACAAUAAGGACAAUGUGGUUGCCACAAAAGAGGUGGUCAAAGGUGGUGCUCGAGGUGUGCCAUGUAGCUCUGCCACCUCUGUAUAUAACUUUCAUGCUUGUUUAAAGCUCUGUUACGUGAUGGUGUUGUGAUGGCCAACCUGUAUGCUGCAUGUUUCUGGUGACAUACUGGGCAAAAACAUAAUAAUAAUAAUAAUAAUUCUAUGUAAA